AUGGCGCGCGCCGCCGAACGGGAGACGCUGUACAGCUUGUACUGCCCGGACGGCAGGCGCGUCACGGCGGCGUCGGUGGUCGGCUGCGUUUGCGUCGACCACCUCACAUGCACCGAGUGCGCGCGCAUCCUGGGCGCGCCCUUCGUCGCGAUCGAGCUCGCCGCCGGCAAGAAGCAGCGCACGGAUCCUCCCGCACAGUUUCCGGGCGUCGACGUCGGGCUCAGGCCCGGUCAGAGCACAGGCGAAGACGGGACCACAGCCGACGGGUUCGACGUGGCCAUCUCCGGCCUGGCGGACCCAGUCCGGGCCCAGGGUUUCGAGGCGACCAUCUCCGGCAUGGCGGACCCGGUCCGGGACGAGGGUUUCGAGGCAGGAAUCUCCGGAAUGGCGGAUCGGCUCGGGCUGGCGGCUGCCGUCGGGGAGCGUGCCAAGGAGGUGUUCAGGAAGAUGGAGGAGGCCAGGGCGUGGCAUCAUUGCAGGGGCUGGACCAAGGACCGGAGCAAGGAGGACCCCCUGGUCUACGCGGCCUGCCUCUCCAUUGCGUGCCGCAAGUUGGGCUCGGCGCGGUCGCUGAGGGAGCUUGCCCUGGCAGCGGCGGCGGACGGCGGCGCGGCGGCGAGGAAGGAGAUCGUCAGGCUGGUGGCGCACAUAAGGAGGCGGCUCGGGGAGGAGGAGGCCGGGCAGGCGACGGUCGGGAUGGUGUGCGCCUCCAGCUAUGUGCGCCGCUUCGGCCGGCUGGUCGCGCUGGGUGAAGCGGAGGAGGCGGCGGCGCUGGAGGCGGCGCGGCGGCUGGACGAGGGCGCCCUCGACCUGCGGCACAACGUGGAGUCCGUGGCGGCCGCCGUCGUCUGCCUGGCCCUCGAGCGUGCCGGCGCCGCCAGGAAGCCCGUCAAGGACGUGGCCACGGCCACCGGAAUCACCCGUGAGACCAUCUAUCGUGUGCGUAGUAGGCUGCGUCCGCACGCCGACCUGCUCUUCGGCUGA